AGCUGAGCCACGAGUUCAAAGAGAGACACUGUCUCAAAAAAUACGGUGGCGAGUGCCCGGCCGAGGAAGACACCCAUGAUCAACCUCGGGGCUUCACAGGCCUGCACACACGCAGACACCACACGCUCCCACACACACAGACACACACCCUUCCUUAUUUUGGGUAAUGAAAGCUGACUGCGAAUCUAUUUUUGCCAGUUGUCUUUACAUGGGACGAAAUGGACUUUUAAAUUCUUACUGAGUUUGGCAGUCUGUUUUUGUUUUUGUUUUAUUUUUUUAAUUGUUUUUUAAAUUGUAAACUGGGUUCUCCAACAACAUAGCAGGAUUUUUAGUCACUCUUUUCCCCCUCUGGAAUCCCAAAACAAGUCGUCCUGGUUCUUCUGCCCGCUGUGGCUCCCCUCCGGUACAGAUGCAGCUGUUCCUUCUCACGUUCCUGCUGCUGCUGCUGCUGCUGCUGGCCUCCACUCCUGGGUCUUGGGCUCGAAAUGUGAGGCGCCAGAGUGACAGCUGGGGCGCCUGGGGCGACUGGAGCCCCUGCAGCCGGACCUGUGGAGGAGGCAUCAGCUUCCGGGAGCGCCCCUGCUACUCCCAGAGGAGAGAUGGAGGCACCAGCUGCGUGGGCCCCACGCGCAGCCACCGCACCUGCCACACCGAGAGCUGCCCGGACGGCACGCGGGACUUCCGGGCUGAGCAGUGCGCAGAGUUUGACGGCACGGACUUCCAGGGCCGGCGCUACCGGUGGCUGCCCUACUACGCAGCCCCAAACAAAUGUGAACUGAACUGCAUCCCCAAGGGGGAGAGCUUCUACUACAGACACAGGGAGGCUGUGGUGGACGGGACGCCCUGUGAGCCUGGCAAGCGGGACAUCUGUGUGGACGGCAUCUGCCGAGUCGUGGGCUGCGAUCACAAGCUAGACUCGACCAAGCAGGAGGACAAGUGUCUACAGUGCGGGGGUGACGGCUCAACCUGCUACCCUGUCACGGGAACCUUUGAUGCCGAUGACCUCAGCAGAGGCUACAACCAAAUCUUCAUCAUUCCUGCUGGGGCCACGAGUAUCCGCAUCGAGGAAGCUGCUGCCAGCAGGAAUUUCCUGGCCGUGAAGAGCGUCCGCGGCGAGUACUACCUCAACGGGCGCUGGACCAUCGAGGCCGCCCAGGCUCUGCCGGUGGCCAGCACGGUCCUGCAUUACGAACGGGGUGUGGAGGGGGACCCAGCCCCAGAGAGGCUGCAAGCACGGGGCCCGACCUCGGAGCCCCUCGUCAUCGAGCUCAUCAGUCAGGAGGCCAACCCCGGGGUACACUACGAGUACUACCUGCCACGGAACGACCCUGGCCGAGGCUUCAGCUGGAGCCACGGCUCCUGGAGUGACUGCAGCGCCGAGUGUGGCGGAGGUCACCAGACCCGCCUGGUAUUCUGCACCAUUGACAACGAGGCCUACCCGGACCACAUGUGCCAACACCAGCCCCGGCCAGCCCACCGCCGGUCCUGCAACCCUCACCCUUGCCCGAAGACCAAGCGGAUCUCUUUCCUGCACCGGCCUGGAGCGUGGCGCCAUGCUGGGGCCCAGCAUGUGUGUGGGAACAGCUGGAAGGUCGGCCAGUGGACACCCUGCUCAGCCUCCUGUGGGGGUGGAUUCCAGUCUCGCCCCGUCUACUGUGUGUCCUCAGAUGGGGCUGGUGGCCAGGAAGCUGCUGAGGAGAGCCAGUGCGCUGGUCUCCCAGGGAAGCCCCCUGCCUCGCAGGCCUGCAACCUGCAGCACUGUGCAGUCUGGAGUGUGGCACCCUGGGGAGAGUGUUCAGUCACCUGUGGAGCCGGCAUCCGGAAGAGGAGCGUUACCUGCCGGGGGGAUGGGGAGUCUCCCGUCCCUGCCACAGCAUGUUCCUUGAUGGACAAGCCAACCGUCACGGAGCCCUGUGUGCAAGAGGCCUGUCCUGUGUUCCGAGGCCAGGCCUGGCACGUUGGCACGUGGAGCCUCUGCUCUAAAAGCUGUGGUUCAGGCACUCGGAGGCGACAGGUCAUCUGUACCAUUGGGCCACCUGGUCACUGUAUGGACCUGCAGUCAUCCAAGCCUGCCGAGGUGGAACCCUGCAACAGACAGCCCUGCCAUCUUCCACAGGAGGUCCCUAGCAUUCAGGGCUCACGGAACCACCCCUCAGACCCUAGGAUGCAUUCAGGCCCGCGAGUGUCUCCAGUCUCAGAUGCUAGAGACCAGCGGUGGGCUGCCCAGGAGAGACCCAGGGCCCAGAGUAACCCCAGGCAGGGGCAGGACCCCCACCUGUCACCUGCAGGCCGGGCCCCCACUCUGCAGCACCCUCUACACCGGCCACCCCCGAGGCCUAGCUCAGGGCCCCAGGACUGCAGACACAGCCCCCACGGGUGCUGCCCUGAUGGCCACACACCAUCUCUUGGGCCCCAGUGGCAAGGCUGUCCCCUGGCUGGGGCCUCAUGUCUUCAGAGCAGGUACGGGUGCUGCCCCGAUGGGGUGUCUGCAGCUGAGGGGCCCCAGCAGGCUGGCUGUGCCAGGUCUCACAGCAGUGACAAUACCGGGAACAGGCCAGGGUCCAGGGCAGUGGCUUCCAAGGUCCCCAAGAUCCACCAACCCCAGGCCCAGGAGGGCGAGCCCAGCGACUGCCGAAGCUCCCAGUUUGGCUGUUGCUACGACAACAUGGCUUCUGCAGCCGGUCCGCUGGGGGAGGGCUGCGUGGGCCAGCCCAGCUAUGCCUACCCAGUGCGGUGUCUGCUGCCUAGUGCUCCUGGGUCAUGUGGAGACUGGGCUGCCCGCUGGUACUUUGUGCCAUCAGUGGGCCGCUGUAACCGCUUUUGGUAUGGCGGCUGCCAUGGCAAUGCCAAUAACUUCGCAUCGGAGCAGGAGUGCAUGAACAGCUGCCAGGAGCACCCUGGGCCCCGCCGUCCUGAGGUGGGGGCCUCCGGCCAUCGAGUCCACAUGGAUGGUGGCCAGCGUGGUCCUGGAAGGCAGCAGGAAGCUGACUGGCACAGGAUAGGAGCCACAGUCCCGAGACUGCCCUCGCCUUCUGGAAGCCCGUGGCGGAGGGAAGAGGAGGCUGGGCCGUGGGAAGCCCCCCACACCCCAGCCCAUGGAAAACGGCCCGGAGGCCAGGAGCUCCGGCCCAGAGUCCCGGCACUGGGUAGAGACGCCAGACCACCAGUGCCACCCACACGAAGCUCCUAUAGGAUCAGCUUGGCAGGCCCAGAGCCUUCCCUGGUACAGGCAGCUGCAGGGCAGGCGGUACAGCUCUUUUGCCCUGAAAACACCCAACGGGAAUUCCAGGCAGGAUGGCAGAAAGAAGGCCGGCCCGUUUCUUCCGUCAGGCACCAGCUCCAGUCAGACGGCUCCCUCAUCAUCAGCCCCUUGAGGCCAGAGGACGCUGGCGUCUAUAGCUGUGGCAGCCACAGGCCAGGCCACGACCUCCAGGAGAUCCAGCUUCGAGUCACAGGGGGUGACAUAGCAGUGUUGUCUGAGGUCCAGCCGAGCCAUUUCCCUCAGACCAGGAACCCAGACCCUGGCCAUGGGCCUCGGAACCCUGGAACGGGAACAAGAGCUGGGAACCACCGCAGGCCUGCCACCAGGCUACGGCUGGACCGGACUCAGCCUGGGGUGGUGGAUGCCAGUCCUGGCCAGCGGAUCCGGCUUGCCUGCCGUGCUGAAGGCUUUCCGGUCCCCACCAUUGAGUGGCAAAGAGAUGGACAGCUGGUCUCUUCUCCCAGGCACCAGGUGCAGCCCGAUGGCUCUCUGGUCAUCAGCAGAGUGUCUGUGGAGGACGGCGGCUUCUACAGCUGUGUUGCUUUCAAUGGGCAGGACCGAGACCAGCGCUGGGUCCAGCUCAGAGUUCUGGGGGAGCUGACAAUCACAGGCCUGCCUCCUGCUGUGACUGUGCCAGAGGGUGACACGGCCAGGCUGCUGUGUGUGGUGCCUGGAGAAAGCGUGAACAUUAGGUGGUCCAGGAAUGGACUGCCAGUCCAGGCUGACGGCCACCGUGUGCACCAGUCCCCAGAUGGCACACUGCUGAUCCACAACUUGCGGCCCAGGGACGAGGGAUCUUACACCUGCAGUGCCUACCGUGGGAGCCAGGCUGUGAGCCGCAGCACCGAGGUGAAGGUGGCCCUGCCAGCACCAGCGGCUCAGUCCGGGGACCUGGGCAGGGAGUGCGUUGACCAGCCGGAGCUGGCCAACUGUGCCUUGAUUCUGCAGGCCCAGCUCUGUGGCAAUGAAUACUACUCCAGCUUUUGCUGCGCCAGCUGCUCCCGCGUCCAGCCCAAUGCUCAGCCUGCCUGGCAGCAGGGAUGAAGCCUAGCAGAGGCGGGGAGAGGGAUGGUAAGACAUGGCCCUCUCAGAAAUGCAGAGUUAAGCCCCAGCAGCUGCCAUGCCAGCCUCCCCUAUAGUCCUCAGCAGGGUCUGUCUGUUAAGACUCCAGGCUGCUGUGAAGAGGAGGAAACUGCCUACACAGAACUGCUCCUUUAUGCCUCCCCUCUACAGUUUCUGCUGUGUUGAGGACCCUUUCUCUGAAACGCCUAGGACCAAAGUACUUUUAAACUUUUAAGUAUUUGUAGACUUUA